CAAAUUGAUAAGUUUUUGAAUUUUGCUCUUCCAUUGUAUUUGUCUUUGAUUCAAUUCAGCGAUAAACUUUAUCAGUAAUUUUUUAUUAAUAUACUGAUUUAUUUUCCAAAUUUCGCUUGUCAUUUGAUCAUUGCCACAGAAAAUGGAGAGCUUAAGCAAAGCAUUGCGAAUUUCAUUGAUUCAAAUGAAAAUCGGCAAAAAUAAGCUGGAGAAUAUCACUCAUGCAUGCAAUAGCAUCCGGAAAACCGUCGAGAAGGAUAAACCAAAAGUGGUUGCAUUGCCAGAAUGCUUCAAUUCGCCCUAUGGCACUAAAUAUUUCAACGAGUAUGCAGAGAAUAUACCCGACGGUGAUACAAGCAAAGCAUUGGCGAACAUUGCAAAAGAAUUGAAUGUGUUUCUGAUCGGUGGAACGAUCCCUGAACGUGAUAAUAGCGAUAAUAAACUGUAUAAUACUUGUACUAUCUGGUCUCCGUCUGGCGAUUUAAUCGCCAAAUACCGCAAGAUGCAUCUGUUUGACAUCGAUGUCAAAGGAGGUAUACGCUUCAAGGAAUCAGAAACAUUGUCAGCAGGAAAUAAGCUUGCCUUUUUGGAGUUGGACGGUUUCAAAAUUGGCAUCGGAAUAUGCUAUGAUAUUCGAUUUGAAGAGCUGGCACGAAUUUACCGGAAUAAUGGCUGUGACAUGCUCCUCUAUCCGGCUGCAUUCAAUAUGACGACUGGUCCAUUGCAUUGGGAAUUGCUUCAGCGAGCUCGUGCAAAUGACUUGCAACUCUUUGUCGCAACCGUUUCACCAGCUCGAGACGUGUCAUCUGAGUAUGUGGCUUGGGGUCAUUCAAUGGUCGUCGAUCCAUGGGCCAAAAUUGUCAGGUCGGCACAAGACGGUGAAGAAACAAUUGUUGCUGAUCUUGACACGACCCUGGUCCAAAAGGUCAGAGAGCAAAUUCCGGUUUCAAAACAGCGUCGUCUGGAGCUAUAUGAUACAAUAUCAAAAUUUGAUAAACAAAAUUAAACUCCAAAUUGCUACGAUGGCCGAGUAUUUUCGAUUGAAAAUGAUCCAAAUGUCACGUGAUAAAAUAUAACUGUACCCAGUGUAUAUGCUAUCGAAAGGAUGGAAAUUUCGAUGAAAAAAAAUGAUUUCCCCUGAUUCUUGGUUUUGAAAUGAGAAGAAGGCUAUCUCAUCAAUGUUAUUUUCGGUUAAAAUUAAGUUUUUAAACUCAUUAGUAACAUACUUUUCUAGAACAAAUUUUCAUUUGAAAUCGUGUGCAUUAAAAUGGAAUUUUACAAUUCAAGUUUCUAGUUUAAUUCUUUAGUAUUUCCAGAAAUCUUGAGAAAGCAUACUACCUUCAUGAAAUCGAAUCCAGUUGGUUCCAAUCAUAUUAAUCAAAACAAAAAUAAACGCAAAAAUAUUUUAAAUGUCCGAGUGUAAAAAUUUCUGCUUUUCCAAAGGAUAAAUAAUAAAAUUGUGGAAAAAAAACAAUCAA